AUGAACGCUGCCGUAAGAUCUGUAGUAAGAAUGGGUAUCUAUUUGGGCUGUAAAGUGUACUUUAUUCGUGAAGGAUAUCAGGGUAUGGUUGACGGAGGUGACAACAUUGAAGAAGCCAAUUGGUCAUCUGUUAGUUCAAUUAUCCAUAAAGGUGGUACUAUCAUUGGAUCAGCUAGAUGUAUGGAUUUCAUGAAACGUGAAGGUCGUGUUAAGGCUGCUUAUAACUUAGUGACAAGAGGCAUUACUAAUUUGGUAGUCAUUGGUGGUGAUGGUUCACUUACUGGGGCCAACUUAUUCCGACAGGAGUGGUCAAGUUUAUUAGAUGAAUUAUUAGAAAAUAAUAAAAUAACCAUGGAUCAAAGAGAAAGAUAUAAAUAUUUGCACAUUGCUGGAAUGGUAGCAUCUAUAGACAAUGAUUUCUGUGGCACGGACAUGACUAUAGGUACAGACUCAGCUUUGCAUCGCAUUAUUGAAGCUAUUGAUGCUAUUGUCAGUACUGCAUACUCACAUCAAAGAACUUUUAUUAUGGAGGUGAUGGGAAGACACUGUGGAUAUCUUGCUGUGGUCACAGCCUUGUCAUCUGAAGCAGAUUUUGUCUUUCUCCCAGAGGCACCACCAUCAGUGGAUUGGAAAGAUAAGCUUUGUGAUAAUUAUCUGGCAUUAGUGGCCGCUCUGGCGAGCGAGGCUGAUCAAGUUUUCAUACCUGAAGACCCUGUUCCCAAUAAUUGGGUUGAAAAACUUUGCAAACGCUUACAGCAGGAACGCAAGUCAGGUCAGCGUUUGAACAUCAUUAUCGUCGCGGAGGGCGCUAUAGAUCGCGAAGGCAAGCCGAUAACCGCAGAGCUGGUGAAGAAGGUGGUGGUCGACAAUUUGCAACAAGACACACGCAUCACCGUUCUCGGACAUGUGCAGCGUGGGGGCUCGCCCUCUGCUUUUGACAGGAUUUUGGGUUGCAGAAUGGGAGCUGAAGCAGUAAUGGCAUUAAUGGAAGCUACACCCGAAACUGAAUCAUGUGUAGUAACCUUAGAUGGAAACCAGGCUGUACGGCUGCCUCUAAUGGAAUGCGUACGUCGUACUAAAGCCGUCUCUCAGGCUAUGGCCGAUAAAAACUGGGAUCUCGCGGUGCAACUGCGCGGGCGCAGUUUUGCACGCAACUUGGAAACGUAUAAGAUGUUGACACGACUCAAGCCCCCUAAGGAAGCUUUCGACGAAUCUGGCAAACCUGCGGAGGGGCUGACGCUGGCGGUGCUGCACGUGGGCGCGCCGGCCUGCGGCAUGAACGCCGCCGUGCGCUCCUUCGUGCGCAACUGCAUCUACCGCGGCGACACCGUGCUGGGCGUGCACGACGGCGUGGAGGGCUUCAUCGCGGGCAACAUCGUCAAGAUGGACUGGUCCGACGUGACGGGGUGGGUGGGCCAGGGCGGCGCCUUCCUCGGCACCAAGCGCACUCUCCCCGGCGACAAGAAGGGCGAGAUCGCGGCUCGCAUCAAGCAAUUUAACAUACAAGGACUACUUAUCAUCGGCGGGUUCGAGGCAUACCAAGCGGGUUUGGAGAUAUACGAGUCCCGCAAGCAGUUCCCGGAGUUCUGCAUCCCGCUGGUGGUGAUCCCCUCCACCAUCAGCAACAACGUGCCCGGCACCGACUUCUCGCUCGGCGCCGACACCGCGCUCAACGAGAUCACCGAGAUAUGCGACCGCAUCCGGCAAUCUGCGCAGGGGACGAAGCGCCGUGUGUUUGUCGUGGAAACUAUGGGUGGUUAUUGUGGAUACCUUGCCACAUUAGCAGGUUUGGCUGGCGGAGCCGACGCUGCGUACAUCUACGAAGAGAAGUUCUCUAUUAAAGACUUACAACAAGACGUAUACCACAUGGCGUCCAAAAUGACCGGCGGCAUCCAGCGCGGUCUCAUCCUACGCAAUGAGAAAGCCAAUGAGAACUAUAACACAGAUUUUAUCUACCGCCUUUACUCUGAAGAGGGCAAAGGUCUCUUUACCGCUAGAAUGAAUGUACUUGGUCACAUGCAACAAGGCGGUUCGCCGACGCCAUUCGACCGUAACAUGGGGACUAAAAUGGCCGCCAAAUGCUUGCACUGGCUCGUAGACUCCAUCCACAAAGGCUCGGCGAAUGGACCAGAUUCGGCCUGCCUACUUGGUAUCGUCAAGAGACAGUAUAAGUUUAGUCCACUUGAAGAAUUGAAAUCUCAAACAAACUUUGCGCAAAGAACAGCCAAACAGCAGUGGUGGAUGAAGCUUCGUCCACUUUUGCGUAUUUUGGCCAAACAUGACUCUACAUAUGAAGAAGAGGGCAUGUACAUGACUGUAGAACAAGGAGAGAUAGACUCUGAAAAUGUUAUU